GAGGCUGUAACCUUACAUAAAGUUUCAUCAGAAGAGGCGGAGGUACUCAUGCCCUUGUUCCUUGAAGAACAGAAGACAGAAGCAGGUACAAAGAAAAGAGGGAAGAAAAGGAAAUCAAAUGAGGCUGUAACCUUACAUAAAGUUUCAUCAGAAGAGGCGGAUGUACUCAUGCCCUUGUUUCCUGAAGAACAGAAGACAGAAGCAGGUACAAAGAAAAGAGGGAAGAAAAGGAAAUCAAAUGCUAACACUGAAGACUACAUUGUGGAACGAAUACUGUCGAUGAAGACCACUAAAGGAAAGAGGUUUUACCUCAUUAAAUGGAAUGGAUACCCAGAUUCAGAGAACUCUUGGGAACCUGAAGACAACAUCCCAAACAAUGUUAUUCAUUAUUUCUUGUAACAUUUAUUGCACAAGUGUUUUGUCUGUCAUCAUGCGAGGUCAUCUGUCAUGUUUCAUCGUCCUUUAACUUUUCACAUUUUUGUCUUCUCAAGAACCGCUCGACCAAUAUAAAACAAAUUUUGUAACUAGCAUCAGAACCUGAAGGGGUACCAACAUUGCAAAAAUUGUGGUCCUCAUAUAAACCCCAGGGGGCAGGGAAAAAGCAGUAAAAAAAACAGGUUUUUUUUUUAAAGUCUUCUCUUCUUUGAGACAUUAUUAUAAAGCCUUUAUAUAAUUGUAAUGUCCUAGAGUUGCUCUACCAAAAUUGCAAAAUUUGUGGCCCCAGCAUCUACUGUUCAGGCUCUAGAAAUCAUCAACUUUUGGUAUAGGCAUAUGUAUUUGAAAGUUGUAGGGACUAAUGUGACUAAAAGUUUCAAGGUCAUUGGCACCUGGAAUGACUGAAAUGGCCAGCUGAUUGCACAAAAAUUUUCCCAUCAGCAUUUUGUGUAGGCAUAUGCAUUUGAAAAUGGUAGGAACUAAUGCAAUGAUUAUUUUCAUGAAGUUUCAAGGUUACGGGGUCAAUGGUCAAAGGGUCAUAGAUAAAUUUUCAAGUAUCCAAAAUUGAACAGUUUUUGUAAAUACAUGUCGGGGGAAAAUGUUGUAGGUAAUUGAAUAAGAAUUAUUUUGAUGCAUGUUUCAAGGUCAUGAAGUCAAAAUGUCAACUUUUUGUAUAGGUGUAUGUAUUUGAAAGUUGUAGUGACUAGUGUUAGGGUUAUUUUAGGAAAGUCUUUUUUGCAUGAAAUUUCAUUGCCCCUUCUCAUUGGUGUUGCAUGGACAUAAAUGUGCUCUAAGUCAUCUCACCUCAUUUACUUCAACUUUUUAAGAAUGGCUAGUGUAGUUGAUACCUAUCUUGGUGCAAAUGAUCACAAUGGGGUUUUAGCUUUGCAGCUGUGACCUCUGUUUGGCUGAAUAUCAUGUGAGCAUUUAAGUCCAUGUACUAAGGCUUUUGACUAGGUCUCCUGUAGUGACAUUGAACAGCCAUUGUCAGAAGUUGUCCUUAGACGAAGCUCUAGUUUCUGCAUAGCUGUCUUCUUUAGAUGAACAAAAUUUGGUUAUAUUUAGAAAGAUAUAUAAAUAAUUGUAAUCAGAUUUCAAUUUUUUGUCAUAUGUAUGCCAAAAUAACGCUAAUGGGAAUUUAUAAGCUAUUGAUUGCAUUUAAUUUCUUGUCUGAUGUGUAAAUAUAUUUUCUGCUCAUGUAUUUAAAAUCAUUUUUGUUAGAUGUGGUAAAUAUAUUUCCUUGUCAAAUAUGUAAAUAUAAUUCUCUACCAUUCAGAUUGAGUAUUAAUGAACUUCUCUGUAGUCAAAUGCAUCAAUAUAGGUGUGGAGAACCCUAUUUUCUAACCAGAUUUACCAUCAAUAUAGGUGUGGAGAACCCUAUUUUCUAACCAGAUUUACCAUCAAUAUAGGUGUGGAGAACCCUAUUUUCUAAC